AUGUCCGUCUGUUGCAAGAAUUUUAAACUUUGGGAUCAUAUAAUUAAUCAUACUGAAGGUUUUAGGUCAGAAGAUGGUUCCCAUACGAAUAACAUAGAAGGGUUUUGGGGCCAUAUGAAAGGCACUAUAAGGAAAAAAAUGGCGUUUUUUGUGACCAUGUUGACACCUAGUUAA